AUGUAUGAAGUUGGCGUCUACACAUCCGGGGGAACCUACUGUGAAUGCGUCAGCUAUGGAAGCAAUCGGAAGCUGUCAAGGCAUGACGAUGUCUUUGUUUUAAGGGUUGGAAAGGAUGCCUUGGAACACUUUGCAAUCCUUGGCGAAUCCUUGUUGGAGGAAAUUCGUCGGCGGGCAGUUCUUGCCGAUGAUGAGAUUCUGGAAGAUAUCUUAAAGCGAUAUGUAGAUCUGGAACGAUGCUUCCGGAUGGCUUUGAAUGACCUUGCGCGCGAUCAAGCACUACCCAUGGCUGAAAGACCCCCUCCCGUUAAAGAAGAGGAUCAAAUUCAAAAGGCCCUAGAAGCUUAUAAAUCUGAUCAAAAUCGCAAUCUAUCGGCUUUGGCGCGCGAUUAUGGCGUUUCCUACUGGCGGCUACAGCGCAGGGCCAAGGGGAUUUCUUCAAAGAUUGGCAACCAGAACUGCCCACGCCUACUUACUGAGGCCCAAGAGGGUGCAAUCCUAAGGACAAUUGAUAACCUCCGCCGGUUCAAUAUCAAAUUUAACGGUAGAGAUAUUGAGGACUUUGCAAAUCUCCUACUUUGGCGGCAGUACGAAAGAGACCAUCCCGAAGCGACCUUACCGAAAACCUUACCAGUCCUUCCUCGAUUAGCUAGGGCUAAGGAUCGCCCUCCUAGACUAAAGCUAGUCAAUCACUAA